GACACAAAUGUAGGGGGAGGCUAGACCUCGGAAAGGGGUCGUUACCUUAUUGUCGAUAUUCAGUACUCUAAGCUACCCUGGAGGCAAGUUUUCAUGCAUCGAAAUUGUAGGAAGUGUACCGUUUCUUUCUCCCUCGUAUGCAGCGUCACUGGCGGUAACGCAUCCUCUGAUAUCUUUUUGACUUGCUAUGUCUUUCUCGAGAGGUAUUCAUACGGUACGACCGUGUUGUUUCUAGUUAUGGGGUAACGCAUUAAGUCAGCAACUUAGUUAAGAAAUACAAAAUGCAGACGGAUAUAUCGCAACGAGUGAUUACGAUUUAUCAAUCAAACUCCAUAUUAUACGUUUUCCAUACACUCUUGUGGCUCAUCACAUUCCGAUAAAGGCCAGGUAAAUGCCUUGUGUACGAAGUACAGUGCUAUUACCAUCUAUCAGAGUAGGCAUAUACCUCAUCUACUGAGGCAUUCCCCUAUCGGAUCUUCCCAUUGGCUCCUUGAUCUUGAGUGACUCUGUAAUCACGUGAUCGUGACGGCCGCAAUUUUCCCUCCCGGGGCAUCAUCCGGUCCCUGGAGAUUCCGCGGGAACGUCGCUCAGCCAUUGCUGGUACCGCACCAUUCAAUAUGCAGAAGGUCAUCCGGAGGACGGCUUUGGCUAGGAAUCAGGCCCAGCGGAAGGCAGUUCGAGCUGCUAAAGAUGCUGAGCGUGAAGAAUUUAAAGACCACCUGAGACAGCGGUUCGCUUUGAACCGCAUCGAGCUCGAUAACAUCCGCGCUGAGAGACAACGACGACGAGAGGACUGGCUCCGCGGACCUCUAGCACCUCAGCGUGAUGCCGGCUUUGAGGGCCAAUCAUUCGGUGCCCUGAGCCCUCAGGCAAUGAACCCACCACCUAUUCCCAAGCACCUAAGGAGGAAAUAUAUCAACAUCGCCGUGGGAGAUCGAGUGUGUAUCAUGAAGGGCCGGGAUAAGGGCAAGAUCAAUGAGGUCGUCCGUGUUGAUACAAGUAAUGAGACGGUUAACGUGAGGGAUCUCAACAUGAAUGAUGUGCAUCUUCCCAGUUGGAUCAACUCACAAUACGGAAAUAAGGGCACUGUCAAUGCGAUGGCCUUGCCGAUUCCCAUCGAUGAUGUCCGCCUCGUCGUUGCCCUUGACGAUCCAGCUACUGGACAAACACGAGACGUCUUGGUUGAACACGUUCACGGCGGAGAGCCAAUCCUUGAACGGGAACAUGGCACGGAAACCCCCAGGCAUACCAGAUACAUUUCCGGCGAAAACAUCGAAAUCCCAUGGCCUCGCCGUGAACCUCCAGUUUUGAACGACGAAGAAUGGGAUACGCUACGCAUGGAAGUUGAAACGCCGACUUGGACACCAUCGCUGCACUAUGCACCCUUCCCUCCCAGUGUUCUGGACGAGCUCCGGAAUAAGUUCUCGAAAUAUCGUACACGGCACGAUCCGGAAUGGGUCGAGGCAAAGAAGAUGGAAGAUUACAGAAAGGAGUACCUUCAAAGCAGGUCUUUGUUGACACCGAAGGGUGAACUGAUGGCUUUGAUACGGGCCAAGAAAGAGGAACGCCUGAAUGCGAGAAGGGAUGCCAAUGGCAAUAUACUCAUGGACGACCAAACGGCCGGAUUCAUUGAGAAUUUCUUGAAAGAGAAAAUGGCGAACAAAGCGUAAUCAGCUUAGAUGUGAUGGGAUGUGUGCCAGAGGAAUAAUUUCUGUUCUCCCUCUUACUUGUUUGAAUGUUGGAUGUAUACAAAUGUACCACUGUAGCAUAGAAUAUGAUUGUAUAAGAAUACCGGGUUAGGUUUUCGCUCUACAUUCCAGACCUGUGGGUAAAUCUACGGGGGAAGGAAGCAACAUGGUUAGAUCGGGAUAUCUCUGAAGAGCCAA